CUAACAAUCAGCAAAACACAACAAGGCACUACACACCAUUAAACCUGUGAGGGAAAAAAAAUGGACAAUACUGGGGUAGAUAAUAAAGGACAGUUUACAUGUGAGUUAUGCGAGUUGUCCACUGCAUAUACAUUCUAUGGCAAGAAACCUCCAAAUACGCCGAGCAUUGUGCUGUUGGAGGACUGCUAUGGCACGAGUGAUCCCUUCAGACCAGGCAAAGAGAAAUUCUUAAUACUGGGCGCUAAGUGUUCUCUGUGUAACAAGAUUGUGUGUGUUGGCACGGACUGCAGCCUCUUCUACACCAAACGCUUCUGCUUACUGUGUGUGAGGGAACACUUGGAGCAGUUCCCAGAGGAGAUUCAAGCAGAGAUGGCUAAGAAAAAAACUGCUAACAAGACUUAAUAUCAAGCAGAGACACUGAUAUCCUGUUAAGAUUUUGUACAUAAUGAAUUCUGAAGAAUAUUUGAUACAUGUUAAACUCCAUCCUGUUGGAUUGCAUGUUCCAUUGUAAGAGGCCUCUGGAAUGAAUUUUAUUUCUUGGCAGUAUCUCUAUUAAAGUCAAGUUAGAGGAAUUUUACUAGUUAUCUAUGAGAGUGACCUGCAAAAGAAGAACCCUGCUUGGAAAGAAAUUACAAUUCUAGACCAUUGGCAGCAUUUUUGUGGUGAAACUGUCAGUUUGACUGUGUUGCCAAGUUCAGCUGUUGGAAACCUCAUUUAAAGCAAUUUGUCUUAUGUCAACAAAGAAAGAAAGAACAACAUGGGAACUUAUAGAGCGCAGUUUGAUUUAUGACUUAAAACUGCAAAUAAUGUAACUGAGAAUUGUACAUUUUCAUCAAGCUGGGCUUGAGACAAUUCCAGACCCCUGUCUAUGUGACCUGAAUGUUGUGAUGCCACAUGUAAUGAAGAAGCUGCAAAAUGGACUUUUUUCACUGUUGGAAAUAUGGUAAACAAAGCAUUGGCUGAGAAGGUUGAUCAAAGAUUGGGUAAAUGCACCACAAGACAUCUGGUAUUGUGUAAAGUCAAACCAUUACUGAAAGACAAAAUCAAACAUGUGUAAUGGAAAAUAUUUGGCUUGUGACCCAAUCCCGAGAAUCUCUAUUGUGUUCCCAUUGGUUGUCUUUGCACAUUGUACCAGUUCCACUUUUUUCAUGUUUCAUAUAAAAUAAAUUAUAUGCUUCCA